AGUAUUUUAUGAAUCGAGAUAACUCACUUUUACAUUAAGAUCAGAUUAGUUUACAACGACUUUAAUGUAUUCUAAGUACAUAAGCACCAGUUUUACCAACGAUAAACGUUACUAGUAUCAAAUUGUUCGCUAAAGAAUACACACGCUACAGUCUAUACUCCUAAUUCAUCUGACGCGUUACUCUGUACAGAAUCUUAUAGAAACAUUCGUUGAUUGUGACUUUUGAUAAAAAUAUACCAAGUAGUGAAAUGGGAAAGAAACAUAUUGACGAUGUCCAACCACUGACAGCAGAUGAACAUUUCAAAUUAAUCCUAGAAGAUAAGAAUGUAAUUGAUUCGGAAGCAACCGAUGUAACGUCCAAUGAUCUUCCAGAAUGGUACAAUAAACAAUUAUACAAAGAAGCACAAAACUUUUAUAAGCGAAACUUGAUGUCGAUAAUAGCAGCAAGUAUGAUGGGAAUUACUAUGGUAUUUACAGUAAAAACAAUACUAAAGGUGCUCUUAUAUACAAAACGAAGUAAUUCUACAUGCUCAGCUUUUAAAAGAUACUUGGAAACUAUAUUACACAUACAUAACUUAUAUAUGUGUGAUCCAAAUGAUACAAAUUCCAAAUGGUACAAAUCGAUGAACGCAAUUCGUUGGCAUCACGUAAUGGCAACCAGGAUGGCAAAAAAGGCUGGUAUUGAAGAAAUAUGUCAAAGAGAUAUGGUUCUUACACAGUUCGCUUUUUUGGGAUAUAUCUUAACUGCAUCUAGGGACUUUGGGCUGAACAAUACAUUGGAAGAAGACGAAGCAUUUAAUCAUCUUUGGCGUGUAAAUGGUUAUAUGUUAGGAAUCACUGACAAUUUGAAUAUAUGUCGCAAAAACGCAAAAGAAACUACCGAAUUAUGUUAUAAGAUCAAAGAUUUGUAUGGAACUUAUUUGAGAAAUGCUUCACCUGAAUUUUAUGAAAUAAUAUUAAAUAUGUUGAAUGCAAUGUGGUACGUUAUUAUGAUAGCGGAUAUAGAUGUUUUCUUAGCUGCUGCAAAUAAAAUACAUGGACUCCCUGAGAAAAAGUUGGGAUGGCGUAGUUGGUUAAUACUACAAUAUACAACAUGGUUACUUUAUUUGUGUCUUGUGCCUUAUAUCAGAAUAAUAGUAAAAGCAUACUGUAACUUGUUAAUUCGUAUAAUGCUUUGGUAUUCACAUUAUUUUCCUAUAUUUAUGUGGAUAAAAUUUGGGAAAAAUAAUGUUCGGCUCAAUCUAUAUCCUAAAUAUUAAUAACUUCGAU